AUUUUUCUUCUUUCGUCCAAACCUUUUUUCUAAAAGCGUAUUGAGCCAUGUCGAUCACCGAAAGCAGCAUUGAAGAUCAAUUGUCUGCAUUACCCCCGGAAAUUCAAGAGAACAUCUUAUACUGGUUAACCUUUCGGGAUCGCAUACGAUUCACUGAAGUGAACAAGUAUUGGCGAUCGACCGUGCUAAACUGGCCGGGCACGUGGCAGAGGUUCUCGACAGAAGACGGGCACGACAUUUUCCCGAAACUAGCACUGUAUAAACCAUAUAUCAAGGGUUCCUGGGUGAAGCAUGUCCAUGCUUCUUGGACGGAUCAUCGUCGCAGUGAUACACCGACUUUAACGAAACUCGUGGAGUUUUUAUUGGAAUUAAAAUGCGAUUCAAUUGAAAAAGUCAAGCUCAACUUUGAUUGCUCAAUGACAAUUCCCACUGCUGCACAUUUUCUCAGAACUUGUGCGAAGACACUUUCAAGUCUAUACAUUUCACUGCAUGAUUACGUUGAUCCAAAACAACCGACACUGGACGACGUCAGUCCAGACAUCUUUCUAUUUCAUUGUCCGAACCUAAAAAGAUUGGAGUUCUUCGGCCCAGUACAUGCAAUCGACGACGAACGAAGUAUAACGACAACAACCGUGAUGGCACAACAACGACUGGCAGGUUUGAAACACCAGCAUCUAGAAGAUUUAAGGCUCGACUUUGGACACCCCGAAAGAGACGGCUAUUACGAUUUGACACCUUACAUCAAAGCUGCACCGAAGCUCAGACAGCUGGCACUACACCUUCAUAACAUUGAACAUUGUAAUUUCGGUAGAUCGUUACCAUCAUUGUUAUCACAACAUUGCCCGUCAUUGACCUUGCUUAUCCUUGUUAACGAUGGCACGGACGACCUUUACCUGGAUGACCUUGAUUGGUACCAACAGCAGCAUCACCCGGAAACAACCCUGUCGACGAAAAAGGGUAAAGCAGCAAAUAAGGACAACGACGACGAUAGUGAUUACGACAGAGAGCCGAGAGCACUUACACACUUGAUACUUAACGACAGUGCACACCCAGACAACUCUCCGUUGUCUGCUGAUUUGCUCCGUCAAUUCGUUCGUCGCUAUCAUGACAAGCUCCAAUAUCUUGAUCUUUCGGGAUUCGCCUUUUUCGAUCAAAACUCGAUGACAUACUUAUCUGAGUAUGCGUUUUGGUCAUUGACGCGUCUCGUAAUCAAAUGCAGCCCUCAUGGCUCCUUAAACCCUUAUCAACGGCUUUUGCAACAACAGGGAGUGUUUCCGAUAUUGAGGACGCUGAUUCUCCAAGACGAUGGUACUCAAGUAGACGAUGAUCUAUUGCAAGCAAUUACCCACGUGAAGACACUACAAGAGCUGAAACUUGUAGGAUGCGGUGAGAGGAUGUCACCAAACGGAUUACGCCAAUUUUUGAUGACCAUGACGCACCCCGAUCGCAGCCUACGAAAGCUCAAUUUCAUAAGAGUCCUUGCUUUGAACCUGGAUGUUCUUCGUGCGAUUGGCCAGGCCGAUCGCUGUAUAAUCGACGAGCUAUCAAUUCGUGCUUGCUACAAAUUGACUGUGGACCAUUUUGAAGAGUUUUUCGACGACUUAAUCCGCACUUAUCCGCAACGCCGUGAUAGGCAUCCUGCUGCUGCUGCUGCAACCUCGACUGAUAAUGCAAUGACUACCCAAUUUCACGGUAACAACUGUAAAGUAAUGACAAAACUGGAGGUUUUUUCUAGUCACCCUUCGGACCCUUCUUCCUUUUUCGAUGGUGGCAAAGGCGCGUCAUUCUUUAAGAAAUUCGACCAUAUUGCAGAAAGCUGGCAAUUUGCCUUAUGGACAUAUACCCCUAUAGAUUAUAUAUGUCUUUCCCGAAAGAUCACUUGCAAGAAAUACCGAAGGAGAAAAGAAGGCUUACAAAUAUAAGCAUCAUGUGUACACCGAAAUAAAUACUGUAUCAAUCUUGCACUUACCCUUUGCAUUUGUACAAAUGAAUUGAAUGAAAAUUUGCUAUGUAAUAAGAUCGCUUGUUCUGCUAUAAUUGCAGUAC